AUGCUUAGAUUGAGCAGCUUUGUUAAAUUUUUAAUCUGGAUUUUUAAUCUUAAAAUGUCUUUAAUUUGUGCAAUAUUGCAAACAUUUUAAAAAUGAUUGACAGCUUUUAAAUAAGAUUUGUAAUAUGAAUUUAAUAUGAAUUGUUUACUGAUUCUAUGGGCGGUGACCCUGCUGGAAUUUAAAGAGAAUCAAGCAGUUCAACAUCAUAAAAAGAAAUCUGGAACUAAAUCUGCGUCAAAAAAUGUUGAGAGAAAAGGGACAAUUCAUAUUGCAGGACCAUGGCAUUCCGAAAGCGCGUUAGAUCGAAACAUUGAUGCAGCUGAAGAUUCUUAUGUUAAGAAAAUAAUAUCAAGCAACGAAGGUCUUAAUUUUAACAAAGACAUGGCUGAAGCUGGUGAGGAAUUUGAAUUGAACGGCAUAGAUGACUUUUAUGACAAAACAGCCAGCAUCACCUACGAAAUAAAUGGUCAUGAAAUACCAGUACAUUUAAAACCUAAACUCACCCCACAGACAAAGCCAAUGUUUCCGGAAUAUGUGAAAGAGUUACCUAGUAUAUCUGGAUCAUCAAGACAUAGUUUUCAACUCGGAGAUGAACCAAAUCAUCCUGAAAAUUUGUAUUCAAAUUUUUCUCCGAAAGAAUUGCCAGAGUACAAUGUAAAAGACUCACCAAGUUUUAAUGGUAAUCCUAAUAAAAAUAUUUUCAACAGUAAAAAUAAUGUUAAUCGUAUAAAUGGUUUGAGAGCUAAUUAUAAACAUAUUUCUGAAUUUAAAUUACCCUGGAAAUACGCAGACUCGUUUGCAACAGGUCAAAAAAUUGCUAUGUUUUCGAACUCUAAUCUUGUUGAAAAACUUCGUAAAAAACCCAACGUUGAUGAAAACGACCACCAUAUUGAUUCAAAGGAAGAAAAUCUAGCAAACGAGUUGAAUAAUUUAAGUUUAUAUGAUCAUAAAGAAAAUGAAAACAUGGUUGAAUCAUUUUUGAAAAGUUUACACGAUAAACCACAAAACACACUCAAUAAUAAUAAAAUUAUAAAUUUGAAUGACGAUGAAAAUGAAACUUAUACAAAUAUGGAAAAUCGUUUAAAAGAUAAAAAACCUAACAAUAGCUCAGAGACACAUGAGCCAUCUAAAGUUCAAACAGCUUUUUCCAAUAUUAACCAGGAAAAUGACGCUUCUUUUCUUCGCAAGCUUGAGAAUCUUCAUACAAAUGUAGUAAAUGUAAAUGGAAACGCUGAAACAUUGAAUCAAUCGUCUAGAGUUGACACAAUGCACAACGAUACUAGAACAUCUGCAGAAAAAUCAAAAUCCAAGGAAAGAAUACUUUUUUUAUUAAGCGAUUUAACUGCAAAACUUAAGGGUAUAGAGGAUGUUGUUAGUGGGCAAAUAAAUAAAAGCAAUUACCUAGAUACAGUAAACAGUACAAAUUUAAAAAUUUCUAAUGAAAGUUAUCAGCAGGCAAUAACUGACCAGUUAUACAUUAAAAAUUUAGAUGAAAUUGGUUCUGCUAAUUCUCCAAAAAUAGAUGCUUUAAGCUUUGAACCAACAUAUGUUAAACACGAUAAAGAAAACCUAUUAAAUAACGAUUUAAAAAACGAUAAAUUGUCGAUGUUUGUAAAACUUGGCUCUGAUGAUUUCAGGGAAAGUAUGGAUACUGAAAAUCAGUUAUCACAAUUUGGUUUGGAUGAAGAAGUUCAGAGAGGAGUGGGUGAAAAAAUUAAUCAAUUUGCUAAUCAAAUAAAUGAGAAAAUAAGAAAUGAUGUUGCAUCAACUGCAGAUCUUGACAACGGCAUCGGAAACAAAAAUGAAUACAUUUACGGGAUUGGGGGUUCAAACGAAGAAAAAAAAGGCACUAAGGAUGAUAUUUUUUUUAGUAGUGCAGAAAAUUUAUACAGUAUUAAAGCAUUAUCUAAUAACGAGGAGCCACAUGCUGAAAAAGCAGAACUUAAAAAUAGUUUUUUUAAUGAUAAAAACACUUAUGAGUCGAGAAACACAGGUGAGUCGAGAAACACUAAUGAGCCGAGAAACACUGAUGACUCAAGAAACACUGAUGAGUCGAGAGUUACAGAUGAGUCAAGAAAUGAAGUUAAAAGAUUGAAUUUAAGUCCUUCUGGUGACUCUUCAAAAAUAACAUUUUCUAAAGACAAUUCAGAUUCAUCAUUAAGAAGUAAUAAAUUUAUUAAUUUUAAAGAACAAAGAAAGUCUUUCUUUAGCGAAGAUAAAAAACAAAAUCAAAAAAUGAUCAUCGAAAAUGUAGCCCAAAACUCAUCAGAUUUAUCAAAAAACGAUUUUCAAAAAGUUAAUAAAAUAAAAAAUUUUUCAUCAAUUGAAAAAAAUAUCUCAAAAAUUGAAAAUAUAUCAAAUGCAAGGAUUAUUAAUUCAACUAAAAGUGAUGGGGUUGCUGGAGGAGUUCGCUCAUUUACACCGUUGCCAUUGUCAGAAAUACUGUACCCCAACUACGAUAAAGUGAAAGCGUCUGCUCUUUUAGAAACAGCAGUUCUAAGAAAAAAGUUUCACGGGACCACUUUAGAAUGGUCAGAUACUCUCUCAGAUAAAGCCCAAAUACAAGCUGAUCUAUUGGGUAAUAAAAUUGACUUUGAUAUAAACAAAGUUGAUGAAUAUAGAUUACCUGGACAAAAUAUAGCCUUCGUAAGAUUAGAUUCGCAAGAUAUUGGAAAAGAUGCUAUAGACAGUUGGGCAAGUGAAGCUAAAGAUUACGACUUUAAAAGUCCGUUAGUUACAAAAAAAAAUACUGAUUUUGUGCAACUUAUGUGGAAAUCAAACAAAAAAUUCGGAAUGGGAGUUUCAAAGUCAAAAGCUGGUGAUGGCUGGAUUGUUACAUCAUUUUACGACAGCCCAUUUGCUGACCGAUACAACGAUUUAAGAAAUAACAUUGAAUCUGAUGUUCCAAUAGAUGAUCCUUAUAGCGAUAUAACUGGUUAAAUAUCUUGAAAAGAACAAACAUCAAUUGUUUAUUUGAAGAAAAGUUAAACAACUAAAAAAUAUUAACUUCUAAUGCCCUUCACAAACAAAAGGAUCUAAAAUAUUGUUAUUUGUUAAUAAAAAGUAGGAAGUGGCAGAGAAGAAGUUAAAAAAUUACUUCUUAAUGGUUAAAAAAUUACUUCUUAUGUCCUUAAAUUCUUUCAAUUGAGUUGAAAAAUUAUUUCAGACAUGAAUUUAAAAAAUUGACAAUACUGACUUUAAAAUCCUAACAUAAGUGCAAUCUGAUAUUUGUUUCAGGCUAAUUGAACCAUAUUUUUUUAUUUCAUAUAUUUUUACAACUGCAUAUUGUUUACAAGUUUUAAUAAUAUAUAAACUAUAGUUAUAUUUAUAUCUAAUUAAAUUUUAAUAUCACAAAAAAUACAUUAAUACUUUUAAAAUACAUUUGAAAAACUAAAAUUUUAAAUAUUUUCACUAUUUAUGUUAUGGAAAAAAUAAAACAAAGGUAGUUUUGGUUAUGUAGCCACAAGCGACUAGCAGAAAACUGUAAAUUUUUAAAAUUGAAGAAAAUAUCCCUAAUUUUUUA